AUGUGCGAACCUAGAACGAGCUCGAAGAAAUUGUUGGCAAUAUUCAUUUGGUUCGGCAUUGCGUCGCCCUUGAGCUUCUUCAAUGUGAUAGAUUGCCAAGACGUCGCCGUCGAUGACUACGAUCAAAUCCACAAUCCUGCAGUUCUUCCCCUCGUGACGCAGCUUGUGUACUCUCGAAUUUCCAAUCUCACUUCCCUUCUCAGUCAUGAAAUCGGCCAUCGUGCUAGUUUCUGCGUCAAAGAUCCGGAGACUGAGUGGAACCAAGCAUUUAACUUCUCUUCAAAUUUGGACUUCCUGAGUUCUUGCAUUCGAAAAACCAAAGGUGAUAUCACAAAACGCUUGUGUACUGCAGCAGAGAUGAGGUUUUACUUUAAUGGUUUCUUUGAAAGUUCAAGAAGCGCCGAUUUCCUAAAGCCUAACCAGAACUGCAAUUUAACCUCAUGGGUCUCUGGCUGCGAGCCAGGAUGGGCCUGUAGUGUUGGCCCACAACAGAAUGUUGACCUUCAGAAUUCAAAGGAGAUGCCCGCAAGAACUACAAAUUGUCAAGCCUGUUGUGAGGGCUUCUUUUGUCCUCAAGGCCUCACUUGCAUGAUACCUUGCCCGCUAGGUUCCCAUUGCCCUCUUGCGAGACUCAAUGAAACAACUGGUGUAUGUGAACCAUAUCUUUACCAGUUGCCUCCAAAUCAGCCGAACCAUACAUGCGGAGGAGCAAAUGUUUGGGCCGAUUUUAGUAGCAGUAUGAGCAUAUUUUGUUCUGCUGGAUCAUACUGCCCAACAACCACCAAAAAAGUUCCUUGCGGUAGUGGACAUUAUUGUAGGAUGGGUUCGACAUCUGAGAAAAAAUGCUUCAAGUUGAGUUCAUGUAAUUCAAAAACAGCAACGCAAAACCUGCAUGCAUAUGGAAUUAUGCUCAUUGCCGCUUUGAGUACAUUGCUACUCAUUAUUUACAACUUUUCUGACCAAGUUCUCACAACAAAGGAAAGGCGAGUGGCUGAAUCCAGAGAAGCAGCUGCUAGAAGUGCAAGGAACACUGCAAAUGCACGCCAAAGAUGGCAUUCUGCAAAAGAUGCUGCUAAGAAGCGUGCAAGCGAGCUGCAAGCCCAACUGUCACGCACAUUUUCUCGUAAUAAAAAGGAAGCAUCACAUUCAGGAAAACUUCAAAUUUUGGAUCAGGAAACUUCGGAAACAGACGUUGAAUUAUUGCCAGCUCUUUCUAUCACUUCAUGCUUGGAUGUUCCUUCAUCUGCAGUGCCAAAUGAAAUGAGAAAAGAACCCAGCGACCUGAUGCAGAUGGUGCAUGAGAUAGAAAAUGACCCAGACAUUGAUGAAAACUUCAGUGUCGAAAGUAAAGAAAGAAGUUUCAAGCGGAAAAUGCCCAAGGUGAAACAAUUGAAUACUCAUGCCCAGAUUUUUAAGUAUGCAUAUGCUCAACUUGAAAAGGAGAAGGCGCAGCAACAAGAAAACAAGAAUCUUACCUUCUCAGGGGUCAUUAGAAUGGCUAUCAACAGUGAACCGAGAAAAAGGCCAUUAAUCGAGAUUUCUUUCAAAGAUCUGACUCUCACUUUGAAAUCACAAAGAAAGCAUAUAUUGAGAUGCGUUACAGGUAAAAUAAAACCUGGACGCAUUACUGCUGUCAUGGGUCCUUCAGGUGCAGGUAAGACAACAUUUCUUUCAGCUCUAGCCGGGAAAGCACAUGGUUGCACAGCAACUGGUUCUAUUCUCAUAAAUGGAAAGAAUGAAUCCAUCCACUCCUACAAGAAAAUUAUUGGCUUUGUGCCACAAGAUGAUGUAGUUCACGGAAACCUUACAGUGGAGGAGAACCUUUGGUUCAGUGCACAGUGCAGGCUAUCCUCUGACUUGUCUAGACCGGAUAAAGUUCUAGUUGUCGAGAGAGUUAUUGAAUUCCUGGGACUUCAGUCAGUGCGAAAUUCCUUGGUUGGGACUGUUGAAAAGCGAGGAAUCUCAGGAGGCCAAAGGAAACGUGUAAAUGUUGGGUUGGAGAUGGUCAUGGAACCUUCACUUUUGAUCUUGGAUGAACCCACAUCCGGUUUGGACAGUGCAUCGUCUCAACUCCUUCUUAGAGCACUUAGACGUGAAUCUCUCGAGGGAGUGAACAUUUGCAUGGUCGUGCACCAACCCAGCUAUGCCUUGUUCAAGAUGUUUGAUGAUUUAAUUCUUCUGGCAAAAGGUGGUCUUACUGUCUAUCAUGGAUCAGUCAAGAAGAUUGAAGAGUACUUCGCGGGUUUUGGGAUCAAUAUCCCAGAAAGGAUCAACCCUCCAGACUACUUUAUUGACAUUCUGGAGGGUAUGUCAGUACCUGGUGGAAGCUCAGGUGUGAGCUAUAGAGAGCUUCCAAUUAAAUGGAUGCUUUAUAAUAACUACCCAGUGCCUUUUGAUAUGCAGCAGGGUGUAUCUAAAAUUGAUGUAUCACCUCAAAGUGUAAACACAGCUACUGAAAUGGAUCCUCAUGGUUCUGGCCAUCAACAAACGUUUGCUGGAGAAUUAUGGCAAGAUGUUAAACACAAUGUGGAACUGCAGGGCGAGAAGAUUAGACUUAAUUAUUCCAAAUCCAAGGAUUUAUCCAACAGGAAAACUCCUGGAGUGUUUAUGCAAUAUAAGUACUUCCUAAUAAGGGUUGGUAAGCAGAGACUACGGGAAGCUAGGAUUCAGGCUAUAGAUUACCUGAUCUUGUUACUUGCCGGAGCUUGCUUAGGAUUGCUUACAAAAUCGAGUGAACAAACGUUUGGUGCAGUUGGGUACACAUACACGGUCAUUGCUGUCUCUCUUCUAUGCAAAAUAGCAGCCUUGAGAUCCUUUUCUCUGGAUAAAAUACAAUACUGGAGGGAGAGGGAUUCCGGCAUGAGCAGCUUGGCUUAUUUUCUGUCAAAGGACACAGUUGAUCACUUUAAUACAGUGGUCAAGCCUCUGGUGUACCUCUCCAUGUUCUAUUUUCUCACCAAUCCAAGAUCUUCUUUUGCAGAUAACUACAUUGUGCUUCUCUGUCUUGUAUACUGUGUGACUGGCAUAGCUUAUGCAUUGGCCAUGUUCUUUGAACCUGGUGCCGCCCAGCUUUGGUCAGUACUUCUUCCAGUUGUUUUGACUCUCAUUGCAACAAAACAAAGAGAUAAUGACUUUCUGAAGGGUAUAGCUAAUGUCUGCUAUCCUAAGUGGGCUCUGCAAGCAUUUGUGAUUGCAAAUGCUGAGAGGUAUCAUGGAGUAUGGCUCAUAACUCGAUGUGGAUCACUUAAGGAAAGUGGCUAUAAUCUUCAUGAUUGGAAUUUGUGCGUAUUAAUCCUCAUUUGCAUAGGCAUAAUUAGUCGAGUUCUAGCAUUUUUUAGUAUGAUCACUUUCCAAAAGAAAUGA